AUGGGUAGCACUCCCUUGCGCCAACAACUUAGCCUCAUGAGGCAAUCAUUCUUUGAUGAGGUCUUCUUCUUCUUCUUUUUUAUUUUGGGUGUUGGCCAACUUUUGCCACCAAUUAUCCUUGGUGAUGGAAAGGGCAAUGAAGCAUUUUCUCUAAGGAAGAAUUUCGAAGUGAUUUAUGGACUUCUGGACCAUGGACAAGUGAGUUAUCUUGAGACUCUUGAAAAUGAAGAUGAUCCUGACUUCAUUGAAGAUGUGUUUAGCUUGUUUUUGAGGGAUUCAUCUCGAUACAUUGCUGCUAUUGAUAAGGCAUUGGAGACAACCCCUGAUGAUUAUCCCUUCAUCCUCGAAAGAAUGAUGUAUCGGCUUAAGGGCAGUAGUGCAAGUGCCAAGGCGUCUCUAAAAAAAUUGAAAGAAGGACAUGCAGCUUUCAAGCAAAAACUAGCUGUUUAUGUUGGGGAAAAGAAAAAGGACUGUAUAAGAAGACUCUUUCAACCGGACGGCAUAGAUGCAGCUGGUUUACAGCUUAAUUCAAUUGAUUGA